CCUACUUAAGUAUGCACAGAGGACUUUCCUGGUGUUCCUCUCAAGCCCCUACAAGGUCUUCUGUUACUAUACUUGGUAAAAUGUCUUUCUUCUUGACAUGGAUCAAAGCUAUUUUUAUCACUGCCCUGGCAUUUCCUCAUUAUUCUGAAACUGGUUUUGAACCUUCACCAGAAAUUCGUAGACUCCCAAACUGUGAUGUGUAUGUACAUCAAUUACAUUUUUGCACAAGAGAAAUGGAUCCAGUCUGUGCAACCAAUGGCCAAACUUAUUCCAAUACAUGCGUUUUCUGCAGUGAACUAUUCGAAAGUGGUGGAGCGUUUGAUUUUAGUCAUUAUGGUAGAUGCUGAUUCUGCCUGCGCUACACAUUCCAAUACCUUUUAUUGCGAUCCAAUUUUGUGGUAGAUUCUACAACCAAUUAGAACGUCCUCAGUCAGAGUUUUAAAUUCCUAGAUAAUCAUACAAAGACUUCUAUGGCAUACAAGAUGGAAUAUAGGAUGUUGAAGAAUUUUUCCAUGAGCCUAUGAUUGAAAGGUUUUCCUUCUCUAUGUUCAAUUAUUCAAUGACAGUUGAAAAACUAUCUUAAUUUUGUGUUUCUUAACAUAAAACCUAAUACAACUUAAAAUAAUAAAUAUUUCAAUCAAUCCAA